AUGGAAUCUGAAUACACUUUUGAUGGCCUUAAAUAUAAGCUUGAGCAGAACGCGGCCAGAACUCUUGGUGUAAAACCAAUAAUGGAAAUAGCUUUCGAAAAACUAGAUGAGUCUUUGCAAAGUGCGCUAGUUUCCCUAUCAGUGUUUCCUCAGUCUUUUAAGAGAGAUGCAGCAGAAGCAAUACUUGGUGAUAACUGUGCUGAAGCUUUGACAAAUCUAAAGAAAAGGUGUUUGAUCCAGAAACAAGGCGACCGAUAUCUCAUUCACUUGUUUAUUAGAGGUUAUGCCAAGCAGAUUGGACAAAGAGACCAAUUUCGCCAAAUUCUUGUUGAUGGCAAGGAGGGUUAUCUUGUAGUUUUGAGAAAAAAAAAAAAAUCAGUAAUUUAUUUACUCUACUUUGUUUAGAUUAAUUUUAUUUGACCUAUACAGGAGAUCGAGAUAGAUUAUUUUGAGCAAUAAAAUGGGGAGUCUAUCAUGCAAGUACAACUUUUCUUUUGCAUCUUCUCUCAUUCUUUUUCUAUUUCUUCGAUUUCCUUCUUUCCUGGACUCGACACGGGAAUGUCGGGCAUAUGACCUGGUAGCGGGUUAGAAACAUUCCUGCUCAGUUGUGCUAUGCCCCUGAUGAUUCACAACUUAAAUUUAGAGCCUUGGUGUCGAUGCAUCCAUUGUCCCAAUAUACCCGGGUCUCUUAACCUUCUCUUUCCUACUCUUCCAUGUUUUCUUUUAUCUGCAAAUUUUUUCUACUUCCUGGAAUUUUACACUAAAAAGUUUCAAGAACGAAGCAAUUCGGGAUGGGUAUUCUUGUUGUUGUUGCUGUUGUUGUUUUAUUUCUUUUCCCACUUCCUCUUUUUAUUGUAGAUGUUUUUUUUGUUGUUUUGUUUUGUUUUUGUUUUUUUUUUUUUUUUUAACUUGAGUCCCCUGUUCUUUUUUAACACCCUCCUUUAAUUAGAACAGCUACAAAAAUUUUUUUUUCCUUACUCUCGAUGUUCUAAAGAACGAAAUAAUAUUAUAGAUCAUCAUAUUUUGUGGUUAGCAAUUUAUCUUCUUUAAUAACAAUUUUUAAAGAGGGUUUACCCCCCUUUUUUUUUCCUUUUUUUUUUUCCCGCCCAUUUCCUUUUUCAUUUAGCUGGGAUAAAUUCAUCCCCAUGCUCCUCCCAUUUUCCACUAGAACAGCAACUGGCUUUUUAGCCACUUUCAAAGUUUUAAGAACGAAAUAACAUUAUAGAUAAUUAUAUUUUCUGGUUUGCAGUUUAUUUAUUUAUUUAUCUAUUUUUUAAAAAAAGUCACGUUUAAGUAGGGUAACCCCCUUUUUUCAUCCAUUUUCGUUUUCAUUCAGCUGGGAUAAGUUCGUUCCCAGACUCCUCUCAUUUUGUACGUCAUCAUGCUGACGAUUAACUAUGGCGUGAGCAGCAAAAAAAUUGUUUUUGCUACUUUUUGUGAGCCACAUCCAUGAGAAGAGGAAUUUUUUGUCUACUAGCUGAGGAGUUUCCAAGUUUUUUUGCUCGCUAAUUGGUCUACUACGGAGGCUAUCUGAAGUAUUUUAGAGUAAGUAAUCAUUUACCUUUUUUUUUCCAAGACCUUUCAGUACUUUCAUGUGUCAAUUAAAAAUGCUGCAGGCAUCUUGCUACGGUUAUAGCUAUAAAUGGAUCUAUUUGCCCUAGAAACCUGUUUCCCUCGUUUCAAGGUGCUUAACUUUAUAUUAUAUUAUAUAUUAACCCUUCAGUUCCUUUUGUUUUAUUUUGCACUGUGUAUUGUGUUGGACGUGGCUGCAUUGCAGUUUGUUGGUCGCUCAAUAUCGGUGUUUUUAACUUUUAACAUUUUACUUUGCACUGUAUAUUUGUGUUGGACAUGGCUGCAUUGCAGUUGUUGGUCGCUCAAUAUUGGUGCUUUUUCUAACUAUUUAACUGUUAACCAAUUUUAUUUGUUUUUAUGCCUACAACACUCUCAUUUACACACACCCUCCCUCCCUACCUUACCCACUAUUUAGUAGAGACUUGGGAACCCUUUCAUUAGGGAUUCCAUACCACACCUGUAAUGCCACAAAGGUUGCUAGAGAAACUACAGAUUUUUUUUUUUUUUUUCUCAAAGCUCAGUAGUUUUUCUCAUUUACACACACCCUCCCUCCCUACCUUACCCCCUAUUUAGUGGAGACUUGGGAACCCUUUCAUUAGGGAUCCAUACCACACCUGUAAUGCCACAAAGGUUGCUAGAGAAACUACUGAUUUUUUUUUUUUUUUUUCUCAAAGCAGUAGUCAGUUGGCACCAUACAUUGAAGACUGCGUGCCUUUUAAGCUUUAUGAUGACUUUCUUAAUGGCCUUCUUCAGUUUUCUCGAAUUCAAGGAAAUAAAACCAAACAAGUAGAGAUUUUGUUUCUCCUAUAUGAAGAAUCAAGGAGACACGGUGGGGACAUGACGGAAUUAAAAGACCUCAUUGAUCAAGCUGUCGAGCUGUACAACAACAAUCGGCACCUUUUUGAGGCAAACAGUUUGUCUGAAGCAUUUUUUUUUAGCCACCUUGGAAGAUACCUGUCACAGGACCGUGGUGAAAGAGACAAAGCAGAAGAUCAUCUACAAAAGGCAUUCUUGAUUGUUGAAAAGGAAGUUGUUAACGCCUCUAGAUUUGAUUUAGGCAGAGUUCUCGGUCAGAUGGGACACAAUGCAUGGCCUGGGAAAGCCGAAAACGUAAAACGAAAGAAGGAGGCAAACAAAAGCAGAGACGAGGUGGUUGAAACUUGCUUUAAAAGAGCCCUGUGCUUCCGUCAGUCCCAUUACGGGAAGCAUAUUGUGACAGCGCUUGCACACAAAGACCUUGCGAGUAUCUAUAUGUCUACCGAAGAAUUUGGCAAAGCAGAAAAACACUACAAGGAAGCAGUUGGAAUGUUUGAAGACAUGGGAGUGAUGAAACAGAAAGUUUCGAUUCCGACUUAUAAAAACUUUGGAAGAUGUUAUGUUAGGAGUAGAAAGUAUGAACUCGCUCGAGAAAAAUUCGAGAUGGGGAGUAAAGUUGCUGAGAAUACUAUCGAAGGAAAUCAUAAGUGGAAAGUUGAGAUCAACACCAAUUUGGCAUUAAUUCUGUAUAAAUAUUAUCCCGAUGAAGUACGCAAAGCGAAGGAACUUGCUAAAAAUGUGUUUAGCAUGGCUAAAGAACUUAAAAUGGAAAAUUGGUUUCAUAGAGAAGAACUUGUUAGGACGUUUUACCAAAAGGGAUAG